AUGAUCGGCGCGAUUGAGAAGCAAAAGUUUGCCCAUGCCUUGGUCUACAUUCUGAACAGGGACUCUGCAGCGCGAUUGACAAUAUCGUCGCCGCUUGAAGCACACAAGAGUUACACGUUGGUCUAUGCAAUGGUUGGCAUGGAUGUGGGAUUUGAGAACCCUCUUUUCGCCAGCAUAGAACUCAGCUACGAGGAGGUGGACAAGGAUCCGCAAGCAGAGCCCCCACAGAAGAUGUUGACACUCUACGAGAUGGACCUGGGCCUAAACCACGUGACUCGAAAGUUCGCAGAUGCAGUGGACCAUAGUGCUCAUGCCUUGAUCGCGGUCCCGGGGGGUGUCGAUGGGCCGAGUGGGGUCCUGGUCUGUUGUGAGAACUGCCUCGUCUACAAGAAGCAGGGCCACCCGGACGUCGUCUGCGCGAUUCCCAGACGUCUUGAAAUGGCCCAGGAGAAAGGUCUGCUCAUCGUGGCACAUGCGACACAUAAGCUGAAGGACUUCUUCUUUUUCCUCAUCCAAAGUGAGUACGGGGACUUGUACAAGGUGACUCUGACUCACGACGAGGACCUCGUGUCGGAGGUUCAGGUCAAGUACUUUGACACCGUGCCGCUUUCGAACGCUCUCUGCGUUCUCAAGACUGGCUUCCUUUUUGCUGCGGCAGAGUUUGGCAAUCACGCGCUGUAUCAGUUCCAGGGCAUCGGAACGGAUGAAGAGGAUCCCAUGUGCACAUCCUCCCAUCCCCACGGAGCGCAGGCCCUGGUGGCAUUCAAGCCUCGAGCGCUCAAGAACCUCAUGCUUUACGACGAGAUGCCGUCGUUGUCUCCGAUCAUCGACAUGAAGGUUCUGGAUGCCACAGGUGAAGGAAAGCCACAGCUGUAUGCAAUGUGUGGUCGCGGUCCACGAGCCUCCUUGCGAGUUCUUCGACACGGAUUGGCUGUGACGGAGAUGGCUGUCAGCGAACUGCCAGGAAAGCCCAAUGCAGUAUGGACGGUGAAGGCCACCAUGGACAGCGAGUACGACCGCUACAUUGUAGUAUCUUUCGUAGACGUCACUCUCGUGCUUUCCAUCGGCGACACAGUUGAGGAGGUGCUGGACAGUGGAUUCUUGGCCACUGCACCUUCCUUGCUCAUCCAGCUGAUGGCAGAUGACUCUUACGUACAGGUGCACCCGACGGGCAUCCGCCACUUGCUUCCGCGGAGAACGAAUGAGUGGAGGGUGCCUGGACAGAAGCGAAUUGUAACAGCGGCUGCGAACGAACGACAGGUUGUCAUUGCCUUGUCUGGCGGAGAGAUUCUUUAUUUCGAGAUUGAUGAGAGCCACACUCUGAACGAGGUGGCGAAGCGUGACAUGAACUACGAGGUCUUGUGUAUUGCGGCAGGAGUCCCGGCAGUCCCGGCAGUCCCGGUCUGCUGCGGUCUCGCUGCGCUUGCCCCUACUUGGAAUCGCAAGCCGCGAGGUGCAGCCAGUCCCAGAGAACCGGCAGCGAGCGUCCUUCAUGGCCGUGGGAGGUGGGUCACGUUCGCAUAG